AUGAGAGGAGCUGGUGUCAAAGCCAAGUUAGAUGUUUGCCUACAAGAAUGGUCUGGCAGCUGUUGCCUCAGCGACCAAGAUGGUGGCAAGAUUGCUGCCUUCCUCAAGAAUGCCUGGGCCAAGGAGCCAGUGCUGGUAGUGGCGCCCAUCAUUGGGCGCCUAGAUAUAAUUCUGCCCCUACUCAGCCCUUACACCGAUCACACCGUCAUGAUCAAUCAGGCCAUACUCCAACUCCCAGCUCCCUCUGAGACAAGGGGAAUGGCUGACGUGCCAGCCACCCCAGAUUGUCAACGCCCAAGCUUGGAGUGGCUGAAGAAACUAUGA